CGGCGCCGCCCUCCGAUCUUGAGGAGCCCGCGCUGCGCGGAGCCCGCCCCCGCCUGCGCACCGGCACCAACGCGGAGCGACCCACCCCAGCCAGACCCGACCCGGCGAGGCCAGAUCUAACCCAGCCAGGUAGGCAACACUAGCUUCUCUGGAGCACGAAGCCCCCUUCUCAAGGACAUGAAGCUGUUGGAGAACUCGAGCUUUGAAGCCAUCAACUCACAGCUGACUGUGGAGACCGGAGACGCCCACAUCAUCGGCAGGAUUGAGAGCUACUCAUGUAAGAUGGCAGGAGAUGACAAACACAUGUUCAAGCAGUUCUGCCAGGAGGGCCAGCCCCACGUGCUGGAGGCACUCUCUCCACCCCAGACUUCAGGCCUCAGCCCCAGUAGACUCAGCAAAAGCCAAGGCGGCGAGGACGAGGGCCCCCUCAGUGACAAGUGCAGCCGCAAGACCCUCUUCUACCUGAUUGCCACGCUCAAUGAGUCCUUCAGGCCUGACUAUGACUUCAGCACAGCCCGCAGCCAUGAGUUCAGCCGGGAGCCCAGCCUUAGCUGGGUGAGGGUCAGGUGGAGGGAAGGGACCCACAGCCACCCCACUGUUCUUCCCCACUUUCGGUAGCCCCGGGCUCCUGUCAGCCUGAUUGUGACCUGCUCUAGGUGGUGAAUGCAGUCAACUGCAGUCUGUUCUCAGCUGUGCGGGAGGACUUCAAGGCCCUGAAACCACAGCUGUGGAACGCGGUGGAUGAGGAGAUCUGCCUGGCUGAAUGUGACAUCUACAGCUAUAACCCAGACUUGGACUCAGACCCCUUCGGGGAGGAUGGUAGCCUCUGGUCCUUCAACUACUUCUUCUACAAUAAGCGGCUCAAGCGAAUUGUUUUCUUCAGCUGCCGUUCCAUCAGUGGCUCCACCUACACGCCCUCAGAGGCAGGCAAUGAGCUGGACAUGGAGCUGGGGGAGGAGGAGUUGGAGGAAGAAAGCAGGAGCGGAGGCAGUGAGGGUGGGGCCGAGGAGACCAACACCAUGGAGGAGGACAGGGUCCCAGUGAUCUGUAUUUGAUGAGGAGGAGCCGAGGCCCCAGCUUCAUCCAGCUUCAACCAAUGCCUGGACCUGCCCGCCUGAGAGGCCCCUGGGGCCUCCCCAGCUGCUGGCCAGACCCUGGCGCUGCCACAGUCCUGGCACUGCCCAAGGCCAUACCUGCCUAGCCCUUUGGCUCCAUCCUGUGGAUGCCCACUCACCCCUCAGACUCCUGCUGCCCGUGCUGUGGCCGGACUCGGCAGCACGGGGCCUGGUGGGAAGAGUGACUGCCCUGCCCAAAUGAACUGCCACAGCAGGGAGAGCUGGACCACAGAGUUUAUUUUUGUAUUUCUACUGGGCCUGCACACUCCAGCCCAAAGGGUCUGUGGCCGGAGGCCCCGCAAACAGGCCCCGGCGGUCACCAGCUCUGGUCUUGGGCCGGCCCCUGGUGCCCACCUGUACCCCCACCUCGCCCAUUUGGCCGCGUGCACUGAGUGUCACUUUGCUGCAGCUCAUUUCUUUCCAAUAAAAGUUUCUGUGACUUAGUGUGGACCUGGAUGCGAUGUGGGGGCGGGGCCUGCGGUGUGGGAGUGGCCAGCGGCAUCUGGUAUCCUAGCAACUGCCGCUGCCGGCGGUGACCGCUAAGUCCUGGGAGCUGUUGGGUUCUGGGACCGCAGUUGCAGAAAUGGAGGCAGAGGCGUGGGAGGCAGAAGGCUACAACCUAGUUCUGGACUCGGACCUGUAUGAUGCAGAUGUCUAUGAUGUCCCAGACCCUGGGCUGCUCACCGAAAAGAAUGAGUUGACUUUCACGGAGCCGUCGCAGGUCCUGCCCUUUCUGACCAGCAGCCAGCAGUGGCAAAGCCUGACCCCGCGCGCCCGCGCCCGCCGGCUGUGGCUGCUUCUGCGCACCAGUCUCCACGAGGUCGUGGAAAAGGAGAAGAGAGGCGAGCUGCGCGUGGCGCGCCUGACGCAUGGGCUGGAGCCACUGCGCCGCCUGGAGGUGGCAGCCGGGCUGCGCUCAGUGGCGCAGGACCCGGUGGGCGGACGCUUCGUGGUGCUGGACGGCGCGGGCCGCCUGCACCUGCACAAGGAAGACGGCUGGGCACAGGAGACGCUGCUGGCGCCUGUCGGGCUUACGGGGCUGGUGACCGUGUUGGGCCCGCUGGGUGCCGUGGGCCGUUUUGUAGGCUGGGGCCCCGCGGGGCUGGCCAUUCUGAGGCCCAACCUCAGCCUGCUAUGGCUGAGCGAGCCGCGGGUGGGCAGGGCCCCGGGUUGGGCGCCCACCUGCUGCCUGCCGGUGCCUGACCUCAGGCUGCUGCUUGUGGCGGAGAUGGACAGCAGCCUGGCGCUCUGGCAGUUCCGCUCAGGUGGUCGCCGCCUAGUGCUGCGAGGGUCACCACUGCACCCGCCCCCGAGCCCAACGGGCAGGCUCAUGCGUCUGGCUGUGGGGCCGGUUCCUCCCCACCACGUCCUGCGCUGCUUCGCGGCCUAUGGCUCGGCUGUGCUCACUUUCGAUCUGCAUGCCUGGACUCUGGUAGAUGUGCGCUGGGAUCUGCACAAAACCACCAUCUCGGACCUGGCUUACUGCGAGGAAGUAGAGGCAAUGGUGACAGCUUCCCGGGACAGCACCGUGAAGGUGUGGGAGGCUAACUGGCAGAUCCGGAUGGUGUUCGUGGGCCACACAGGCCCGGUGACGGCUAUGGCUGUGCUGCCUAACACGACCCUGGUGGUGUCGGCCUCACAGGACGGGACGCUACGCACCUGGGACUUGCAGGCGGCGGCGCAGGUGGGCGAGGUAGCACUGGGCUACUGGGGUCAGGACAAGCUGUCCCGGCGCGUGGGCCGUCUGCUGGCGCCAGCACGCCCGGGCUGGCCGGUGCUGUCCCUGUGCGCGAGCAGCAUGCAACUGUGGAGCGUACGCGAGCUCUACUCGCCGUUGGCGCAACUGCCCGCCAAGGUGCUCCAUGUGCAGGUGGCGCCUGCGUUGCCCGCGCCUGCGCACCCGUCUCUGCCUACUCGCCUCGUGUGCGCGUGCACCGACGGCUCAGUCUACCUCCUGUCAGCUGCCACCGGGCGCAUAGUGAGCUCACUGCUGCUGGAGCCGGAGGACUGCGCGGCAGCCGUGGCCUACUGCCUGCCGCGCGAGGCGCUGUGGCUGCUGACCAAGGCCGGGCACCUGGUCCGCGCCAACGCGGCGCGCUGCCCCAUGAGCGUGCUGCACCGCAUGUGCCCGCCGCCGCCCCCUGCGCCGCAGCCUUGCUGUCUGCACCUGUACAGCCACCUCACAGAUCUCGGAGGCGCCUUCUCCUCCUGGGAGGUCGUGCGCCAGCACCAGGGCGAGUUGCGCCGCAGCGCUGUGGCCUGCGCCUGCAAGAACACGAACCGGUACCUGCCCGUGGUGGGGCACAUGGACGGCACGCUGUCAGUCCUGGAUUGGCUGUCGUCGAAGACUGUCUUCCAAACGGAGGCGCACAGCCCGGGUCCGGUCGUCGCCAUGGCAUCCACCUGGAACAGCAUCGUGUCUUCGGGUGGGGACCUGACGGUGAAGAUGUGGCGCGUCUUCCCCUACGCCGAGGAGAGCCUGAGCCUGCUGCGCACCUUCUCCUGCUGCUACCCGGCUGUGGCGCUCUGUGCGUUAGGCAGACGCGUCACUGUGGGCUUUGAAGACCCAGAUAGCGCUACCUACGGCCUGGUGCAGUUUGGCCUGGGCGACAGUCCGCGAUUAGACCACCGGCCCCAGGACGACCCCACGGACCACAUCACCGGCCUGUGCUGCUGCCCCACGCUCAAGCUGUAUGCCUGCUCCAGCCUGGACUGCACCAUUCGCAUUUGGACCGCUGAGAACCGCCUCCUGCGGCUCCUGCAGCUGAAUGGUGCCCCUCAGGCCCUGACUUUCUGCAGCAACAGUGGAGACCUGGUGCUGGCACUGGGAUCCCGCCUCUGCCUGGUGUCCCAUAGGCUCUACCUGCCUACAUCCUACCUAGUUAAGAAGAUGUGCUGGAAGGUCCCAGACGUGGUGGACGACCCUCCGCUGCCACUGACGAGCCAGGAAUCACUGACUCCCACCCAACUGCAGAGGCUCAGCAACCUCCAUCGGGCAGCCAGCCUCAGGUCCCAUACGGGCCUGCUCAACCCUCCUGGAGGCCCCCCUUUCCCACCCUGGGACUUGGACGCCCUAGUGGCCCGGGACCGAGACCUUCAGCAGUUGAGGCUGGGGCUAGUGGUCCCAGCAGCCCGGCCCCCACCCUCCUGGCAGCAGCGCCAGGAAGGCUUUGACAAUUACCUUCGUCUGAUCUAUGGCUCUGGCCUGCUGGUAGGUGUGGGAAGGGAGUCCCAGCAGUGGAGCACCGGGACCCUCACAGUAGAGAGAGAGACCUGGGAUGUGUGUGCCCUACCCCAAGCUGCCCACUGUCUUGCCCGGGGUGAGGUCAGCACUGCAGCCCAAACAGUGCCAACAGCCCUGUCCCCACAGGACCUGGGGCCCCUGGACCAGCACUUCUCCCAUCCUCCCCGAGUCACAGUGCCGAUCCCACCCACCCACCGUAGGGUGCACAGCAAGGCAUCCCAGCUUUUGGCCCGCUCCUCACUGAGCCACUGCCUGGGUCUCAGUCUGGAUCUACAGCUGCAGUUGGAGCAGCUCCGAGGGAGGACGACCGUAGCCCUGGACCUGCCAUCCUCCCACCUGCAGUGCAGGAUCCCACUGCUGCCAAAGAGACAGCCCAAGGAACCUCUUUCUAGCCUUGGGGGCUUCUUUCCUGCCACCGUGCAGCCCCACAAGUACUGCCUGAGGCCUAUCUGCUUCCCCGGCUAUGUGCCCAACUCAGUGGUGCUCCAGCAGAUGUGGCUAAAUGCGGAGCCAGGGGCAAGCCAGGAUGCCCUGUGGUUGCAGUACCCCAGGCCAUCCCAAGCCCAGUGGCAGAGAAAGCUGCUCCAGUGGCUGGGGGAUAAGCCUGGAGAGGAGGAGGAGGAAGAUCAGAAGGAAGAGGAGGAGAAGGAGGAGGUAGAGGAGGAGCUGGACCGGGCCUCGGCUUCCCUGAGCUCGCACUCCAGCCAGCAGCUGGAUUCUUGGGAACUGGAGGAGCAGAGUGCUGUGGACUGGACCCGGGAGCCCCGGCGGCGCACCUACGAGACUGCCAGGACCCACCCUCAUCCCUGGCACCGUCAUGGGAGUUUGCUUUUGGAUGAGCAUUACGCGCAUCUGCCCAAGUUUCUGCAUUUCUUCAUCUACCAGACCUGGUUCAAAGAGUUGUUCCCCGUCUUCAACCUGCAGGCAUACCCGGAGGCGGGCACAGUGGAGGGCCUGGCCUCACUGUUGGUGGCCGUGCUGGAGGAGACCACGUGGGUGGACCGUGUGCACAUCCUGCAGGUGCUACUGAGACUGCUGCCCAACAUAAGCAGUGAUCUCCAAGGCCAGCUGCAGGGCCUGCUCAUACACUUGCUCAACCUGGACCAGCCCCCCAGCCUCCAGGACCAGACGCAGAAGAAGUUCGUGAUGCUGGCACUGCAGCUGCUCCUGGCCUGCUCCCUGGAGUCCCGGGAUGUGGUGCUGGAGCUCAUGUCCUACUUCCUGUACUCUCCGGUGCGCUGCCGGCCAGAGCUCAAGAAGCUGCUGCAUGGGCUGGGCCUUCAGGACCCGGAAGGCUUCCUGUUCAAGGAGAUGAUGACCUGGGUCCAGAGCUCCGACCUAGACUCCAAGGCUGGUUUGCGUACUCGCUGCUGUCAGAAACUGGAGGACAUGAUCCAGCAGCUUCAGGAGACCCCAUCGCAGACUUCAGUGGUCUCUGGGGCACCCACGCAUGCCUCCGUGAUGCCCUCGGGCACCUCCUGGUCACCCUCCAGCAUCUUCAGGAGGCUCUCGCAGGUCUCAGAGGUGCCUUCGAUGGUGGUCUCACCUGUGGAGCCGCACUCUCUCUCCCCGGAGCUCCAGGCCCAGCAGACGCUGGCACCCACGCGCAGCUGGGUGACCGGCCAGCUCGGUCUCGGAGUGCUCUCCGAGACGCUGAAGAGCUUCUGCCUGGAGCCCGAGGCCCGCCUGGGCCCUGCGGGGCCUGCUCAGCUGCCCGAAGAGCCGCCGCUGCUGGAGGAGACCGACUGGUCGCACUCGCAGCUGCUGGACUUGGGCCCCAUACACGCGCUCAACUUCUUCUGUCAGCAGCUGCGGGCACAGCAGCGGAGCUCGCUCCAGGAGGAGGCUGCGCAUCCGUACCCGCCGGUGCCCGACACGGUGGCGCCGGUGCCCGACAUGGUGGUGCCACCACCCCGGGAGCACUGGUACCACCCCAUCCUCCGGCUGCAGGAGGCCAAGGCGCAGAGGUCCGCGAGGUGCGCCAUGAGACUGAGGGGCCCGGUGCUUUCCCGGCUCUGUGCGCGCCGCACCCUGGAUGGCCCCAUCCGGACGCUGAAGCUGCCGCUGCCACGUGUGGAGCCUCAGCCUUUCCCCCGGGACUGGCCCACGCCCCCACGCCCGCUGCCCCCGCGGCUCCUGCAGCCCGCCUUGCAGCGCUACUUUCUGCCAGAGGACGCGGACCCUGACACCUAUGGCUGACCGGGCUGGUGGCCUCAGCCUGCCUGGCUCUGGGGCUUGCCAUUGGUAUUUGGCCAAGGCCUGCAUCGGGAAUAAAGUCCAGAGAAUUUCUUUCCGCA